UUCAAAACAGCCUCUUGAAGACUGAAAUGCUUUCGCAGCCUUAGUCAUCGCAGCCAUAUGAUUUCUCUAGGCUCACCGCUCUAUAUGCAGUUGCAUUUUUCAACGUGAGCCUAUAUUCAUUUUUGGAGUAAUGCCUUGGCUACAGUAGGAUGCGAUUUUGAGGAGGGAGAGCCAUGGAUUUAGGAUUUUGUUUGUUUUGUUUCAACAAGAAAUCAACACCGAUGAACACAAUGGAGUGAGUGACAUGCAGUAACGGGGUUUUGGGAGUGAGGAGAUCGACCCUUUGGUCCAUCGGCUGCCUGUAUCCGAGAGCCAUCCUGCGUAUUUGUUGACAGAGCCCCUUGGCAAUCGGCAUUAUUUUCUCUCCGUCUGUGGCUGGUAGGGGAGGCGGAGAGAGAGCCGCGGUGGAAGGCGGCAUAUUAGCGUUGUAGCUGCCUUUCAGAAAUAUUUAUUAUUAUUAUUAUUAUUUGGAAUGAAACGCUUCUUUUGUUUUAUGACCGGACUCCCCAACUUGUGGUACACUGCAGCAUUUUGCGUCUUUUCUCUCCGCUGCAGAUGAUACUGAAAAUCAUCAUAGCGGCACCUUACCACUGCAAUUUUGGGGCAAAGAUAAGAGUGGCGUCGUCUUGCAGUUAAGGCUACUAUGGCAGCAAAGAAGGCAUCUUUUGGAGGGGAGAAUCCGUGAAUUCCUUGCUUAGCCUAUCUACAAAUGCCUUAUUAUUAGCAGAAAGCAGUGACUGGAUUUGAAACCCAGUGUCAUCCCGCGGUUUCCCUGUUUAAAAGCUGCUGUUUACCCACUGGAAAUCAAUCGAAAAAGCAGCGGAUCCCGAUGGCAUGGACACUUAUGCAAGGUCUGCCGCGCUGCCGUGCUACUGGAGCCUACUUGCUGUCUCUUCAUUUAACCCAGCUCCAUCGCCAUCGCCCCGCAGCCGAGAGAGCCCUGCCGCAACGCGACCAGCGACCACCGAGCCAAAGCAGGCGGCAUGAGGCUUGAUUCAGUACAUUUAUCCAUGCUGGUCAUCGGGGUCUCAUUCGCCUGCUACUCCCCGAGUUUGAAUUCCCUGCAGGACCAGGCUUACAAAUCCGCUGUGGUGAUCGAGGGCAAGGUGCAGUCUACGCCUGUGAACGUCUCUGCGGAGCCAUAUCGUGUGAAUGUCAAAGUGCUGGAUGUUUGGCCCCUAAACAGUGGGGGUCUAGAGCGAGAACAGCUCGUCACUGUGGGGGAAUUUGGAUCCGAGACUCCGUGCACCAAAGUGAAGAAGAAUCACAAGUACAUAUUUUUCAUGGACCCCACUGAUGAGCCCUUGGUUUUCAAGGCAUCGUUUGCACCCGUUGAUACGAGUGGAAAGAACCUAAAAAAGGAUGUUGGGAAGAUCUUGUGUGAGGACUGCGCUGCAGCUCCAAAGUUAAAACCGAUCAAGAAUCCAAUUAUAGUGGACGAGGGAAACAAGCUCACAGUGAAGUGUGAGGCUACGGGAAACCCUCUUCCUACUUACAGAUGGUUCAAAGAUGGAAACGAGCUGAAAAAGAGCAAAAAAGUCAAAAUAAGGAGCAACCAGAAAUACUCCAGAGUCCAGAUCAACAGAGCAAAACUGGAGGAUUCUGGGAAUUACACAUGUGUGGUGGAGAACUCACUGGGGAAGGACAACUCCACUGGCACUGUUAACGUCCAAAGCAUAACCACAACGCUAUCUCCAGGCUCAGGCCAUGCCAGAAGAUGCAACGACACAGAAAAGUCCUACUGUGUGAAUGGCGGCGACUGUUACUUCAUCCAUGGUAUAAAUGAGCUUUCCUGCAAGUGUCCAAAUGACUUUACUGGUGAUCGCUGUCAAACCUACGUUAUGGCCAGUUUCUACCAGCAUCUUGGGAUUGAAUUUAUGGAGGCAGAGGAACUCUACCAGAAAAGAGUCCUGACAAUCACGGGUAUUUGUGUGGCUCUGUUGGUGGUGGGCAUCGUGUGUGUGGUUGCCUACUGUAAAACCAAGAAACAAAGAAAAAACAUGCACAAUCAUCUGCGACAGAACAUGUGUCCAGAACAUCCCAAUCGUAACCUUGCUAAUGGACCCAAUCACCCAGGACCUGGCCCAGAGGAAAUCCCUAUGGUAGAUUACAUAUCAAAGAAUAUUCCUGCAACUGAACGAGUCAUACGACCUGCAACAGAGGGAUCGUUCCCUGCCAGCCAUGCCUCUUCCAGAUCUCACAACUCUUCCACACGAGCCCAUUCAUCAACUCACAGACAUGAGGAACGGACAUGGAGCCUGGAACGUUCUGACAGUAUCCUUUCUGACUCGCCGGGAAUGAUGUCAUCAUCCGUGGGGACCAGUAAAUGCAGCAGUCCUGCAUGCAUGGAGGCACGGGCACGGCGAGCUGCACACUGUGGUUAUUCUGACCCCCAUCGGCCAGGGCUACAGUACGGGGAUUCGUUCGACUCACUGGGAGAUUCCCCGCACAGCGACAGAUAUGUGUCAGCCCUGACAACACCAGCCCGCCUCUCCCCGGUGGAUUUCCAUUACUCAUUGCCCCCGCAGGUGCCUACCUUCCAGAUCACAUCCCCCAAUGCCAGCCACGCCAUGUCACUCCCUCCAGCUGUCCACAAUCCCUAUCCUUUGGAGGAUGAUCAGCCUCUGCUGCGCCGCUACCAGGUGCCCCUACAUGACACCCAGUGCCAGGAGCCCUAUCGGCAGCAGCGCCGUACCUAUCUAAAUGACAGCAGGGGCAGUCUGCCCUCCAGCCCCUACAGGCUGGCUGAGGAUGAAGACUAUGAGACCACCCAGGAGUAUCUCUCCACACGGGAGCAACCAAAGAGAAGUGGGUCCAGUGGAACUGGUAGCCGUCGUUGGCGGAGAUCCAGACUGAAUGGCCAUGUGGCCCCACGUGGAUAUGAGGCGUCACGAGACUAUGGGUCUCGGAGCUGCCUAACAGAUAGUGAGUCAGAGGAGGACGGUGAGAGCACGCCCUUCCUCAGUAUGCAGAACAUGAAUGCCGAGCCCUCCACCAUCUACAGGCCGGUGGACAGUCGGACUUCUCACUCGUCAGGGCGGCACAGUGGGCACGGGAAUAUGCAUACAAGACUGACACACUCACGUUCCAAACCGGACAAUACACCCCAUUAAAGAGUGAUAAUGAACCAACAAAAAUCAAUAUAGUAUAGACCUGCAUCUAUAAGAAAUAUUUUUAUUUUAUAUAACUGACAGAUAUUCUAAACAAAUGAAAUAUUUAUUUUCAUUUUAGCAAAAGUUGUCUACUAGUUAACAGCAAAGACUUUUUUAUAGGGAAAACUCUAUUUAUAUGUACAUUUUGAUUUACAGCAUAAAAAGAUGUGCCAGUUUUUUCACAACGUAAAAAAAUAGAGUAAUAUUGUGGUGCCUUUUGCUGUUUGCCGAUGCCAGAGGGCCAGUGGAGGUUUUUGUAGCCUUUCUUAUAUGGACGCCUCAUUUUUUAUACGCAUUUAUGUUAUUUUGUCCUCUGAUUUCCUGUCUCACUUUCUUUCCAAAUGGCAUUCUUUGAGAAGUCUUUCCCCACUGGAACAUAACCCUUUCCAUAUCACGCAAUAUAAACCAUUUCAACAUAAAGUGUGUGUUUACAUUAAUAUGAUUCGCCUGUAGGGUUAUGAUUUGGGAUGUAAUUGAACGCCUGAUAAAAACAAUGUAGAUUAUUUUUGCCCUCUGACUAAUGUCUAUCAAAAGAAAGAGAAAGAAGAGAGUGAGAGAUUGUGUUUGGUUGAGUGUGUGUGUAAAUGCCUCUGUGUGUGCGCAUGUCAGUUUGCUUGCAUGCAUUUGUGAUUGUAAGAAGAAUUUCAAUGUUGUGGUAACUUCAAACAUGUGGGCCCGCUGGUCUCAGGAGAGCUGAGCAGAACAGAGCCCCAAUCCCCCCACCCCCCCACCCCAGUGUAGGUGGACAGGUAAGGCUGCUGUAGGGUUGUAUGUUAUAGAGGUCAUUGCUUGAUGUGUUUACAGCUAUGCUGCCCCUCCCAGACCUGCCCCAGUUCUGUCCUUUAUAUUUCCCAGCAGGUUUUCCUCACGUUAGUCAUGUAUGAGGCCAACAAGCACUUAACCACUUGGCUCGGAGGGAAUCCUACCAUCAGAGGCAAAACAAAAAAGAUUGCAUCUGUUUUCACUCAAUUCCACCCGAGCUCCCACAUCUCAUUAUCCUUCUGUGUCCAUUCUGUUUCUGUGGCUGUGUUAAAGGCCACACAGUGUCUCAGGAUUUCCACAUACUCUCUCUUCACCUCUCUUCAUCUUCUUCCUUAAUGUAAGGUCUACCUAAGACUAAGGUUCUCAAAUAUUGAGGACUUCAUUGUAAAAUACAGUCUACCAGUUCCCUGAACACUCCCAUACAAAGAAAAGGAAAGCCAGGUGGAAGCGGCUCAGUGGAUAAGAGUACAGAACAUAUUAGACAAUAUAAAUGGAAUAGCUGUGAAACUAUGGAGGAUCAUACAAUGCAAAAAUAUGCAAACUUUCUAUUUUGCUGUUUGAUUACAUCAUUUUCUAAGAGGUGACUGUAGCGUGUUGUGUGUGCAAAAACUAUGUGAUGCCUAUAGUGUAGAAUGAAAUAACAUGAUACAAAUGGAUAUUUAACUGAGUUAUUUUUUAAAGCCAUUAUGCAGCCAUCUAUCCAUUUGUCAGCCUUUAUUGUUCACUUGUUCAUCGAAUGACUGUGUUCAUGACUUCUAUUAGUUGAUUUUGGAGAUCUAUCCAAUUUACAUGCACACUUCCAAAUAAUGUCAGUAAACAUCCAAAUACUGUCUCCUCCAAUAGUACUGUGCACUGCUUUGUCUUGUUUACAGAUCUAUUCAUUACAAGUUAAGUAUGUAAAUGAUAAUCAUUUUAACAGUAAAUCGAUUCAUAUAAGCUAUUUUUCUUCCACUGAUGGAACUAUUCAAAAGUUAUUUCAUCAAUGUCAUAUCAUUAAAACUGACGCAGUGAGAAAGGACAGCUGAUAAUGUUUAAUCACUGUUGGUCUGUCUCUAUUACUCAUUUUAAAAAAUGAAUGCUGAAUUGUCUGAUAAUUAUCAACUUCAAAAACAGAAUAGGUUGAUUUUAAACUCCAACUCCGAUAUAGUAAAUGCACAGUGGUAUUGUCCUAGACUCAGAGAAUGGCCUCUGGUCACACCUUGCUAAUAUUUCAUCGAGUUUCUCACCUCUGGGUCUAAUUUUAUAUGUGGGAAAAAGACGAAAGAAGACACUGCACCUCUCAUUUCAGUAUAAUACCUCUUCACUUUGCCAGUCCUCCCACCCAGCUGAGAUGCUACCAGGCACGUCCUGCCACUCUCUUCCGUUUUAUUUUACAACCCCCACCCCACCCUGGCUUGAAAUGUUUGAACACCUCUCCUCUGCAUGUCCUUGUGGUCAAGAUUAGAUGGGUGCAUGGUUAAAAGAAAAAAAGAAAAUGAAAAAAAGCAGCAGACAAUUCUUUUCCAGUCAGUGAAAAUGUAUUUCAUUUAACAUUCAGCAAUAAAAAAAAAAAAACCUUACCCCAUGUCAUUCCUGAAAUAUGCUAGGAAAAAAAAAGAAAAAAUGCGAGAUUGUCAUAGAUUGUAAAAUAAAAUGAAAAAUGAAUCCACCUGUUCAUAUGAAAAAUAAAUCUUUAUUCAUAACAUUUUAUGUUGUAGUUUUAUUUAUUUAUUUUUUUAUGUAGAAAGUCUUAUUCUGCAUUUUGAGUCAUUUUUGAUCGUGCCUGAGGUUUGGACUCCUCAAACACGAUACACGGCAUGUCUCCGGAGUGCACACAUAAAAUCUCAGAGUGAAAUAAAAUCUGUUUAAUAUGGUGGUUGGGGGU